GGCAGAGUUGAUUUCCGGUAUGUUCACGGAAAAGCCCUGACAAGAGUAGCUACUUCCGCCUUUAGCCGCCUCUCACCAUACAGAGAAAUGACGGCAACCUUACGCCCAUAUCUCAAUGCGGUGCGUGCUACCCUGCAGGCCGCCCUCUGCCUGGAGAAUUUCUCCUCGCAAGUGGUGGAGAGACACAACAAGCCAGAAGUGGAAGUACGGAGUAGUAAAGAGUUGCUCCUCCAACCUGUGAUCAUCAGCCGUAAUGACAAGGAGAAAGUUCUGAUUGAGGGCUCCAUCAACUCUGUCAGAGUCAGCAUCGCUGUCAAGCAGGCUGAUGAGAUUGAGAAGAUUCUGUGCCAUAAGUUCAUGCGUUUUAUGAUGAUGAGGGCAGAGAACUUCUUCAUCCUGAGGAGGAAACCAGUGGAGGGCUACGACAUCAGUUUUCUGAUCACCAACUUCCACACAGAGCAGAUGUACAAACACAAACUGGUGGACUUUGUCAUUCAUUUCAUGGAGGAGAUUGACAAGGAGAUCAGUGAAAUGAAGCUGUCUGUCAACGCCAGGGCUCGGAUUGUUGCUGAGGAGUUCCUCAAAAAUUUCUGAGAGAGAGAGAGAGAAAACCCGGGAAUACAUUCCUUUUGCAAUCUUGGCCGUCACUGUGGAGCGUUCACAUCACAGGGCAGAGAGGAGACAAAAUACGAUCAGCCAAGAGAAGAUGAGAAAUGUAAGACGUACGCUAAAGAUGUACGGGCCAGUGGGGUUUUGCCCUUUAACCUUAAAAUGACCCUUUGCUCAAAAAUAUUGACGUUUGUACAUAUUGAAUAUUCACACUGACAUUCAUUUCUGCCUUUAGAACAUCAGAAGAAGUCCGGGCAGGUCCUUAAAAAAAAAUAUUUGUAAUCAAUAUUCGUGAGCACAGGGUAAUAUGGAUUUUUUUGAAAUAAUUUAAAUGUUUUUUUAAUAUAUAUAUAUUAUAUGCACAUGGAUUUCAUUUUGAUGUUUUGUCAUGACAGACCUUAAACCAUGAGGGCAAUCAAUUGGCGCACAUUUCACGUCACAAGUACACAGAGUCAACCCUAUUGUAAAUGGAAAUAAAUAAAACAAAUAUACUUGCUGGCAGUGAAUAUAAAUAAAAACAUUAUCCUUUG